GUGUAAUUUUCGUGUUCCCUCCAUACCAGAAAGUACGAAAAAGAGAACAAAAUAGGAGAGUGGAAAAGACAUAGCUAAAUCCUUUAGUUAUCGAAGAGGACGGAGAAUUUCGAAUAGAGAAGAAAUAUUGUAUCUGAGCGAGAGAAUAAAACAGACGAGUAAAAGUUAGAACGGAAGCGACGAACAGCAGGAGAACAAGUGCCUUCUACAGAUCAACUGAUCGACGGUUUCGCAAAUUAUUCGAUAUCUCUGUUCAUUGUCCACCACCAGCAAUUUACGUUGAAAAUAUCUUCUAGAUGCCUAAUAUUAAACUACAAAGUUCUGAUGGAGAAGUUUUUGAAGUGGAUGUUGAUAUUGCAAAAUGUUCGGUUACCAUAAAAACUAUGUUGGAAGAUCUUGGAAUGGAUGAAGAUGAAGAGGAAGUUGUUCCUCUGCCAAAUGUUAAUUCUGCUAUUCUCAGGAAAGUAAUACAAUGGGCUACUUAUCAUAAGGAUGAUCCACCUCCACCUGAAGACGAUGAGAACAAAGAAAAACGAACAGAUGAUAUAAGUUCUUGGGAUGCAGAUUUUUUAAAAGUCGAUCAAGGGACUCUCUUUGAAUUAAUUUUGGCAGCUAAUUAUCUUGAUAUUAAAGGUUUAUUGGAUGUAACGUGCAAAACUGUUGCUAAUAUGAUAAAAGGAAAAACACCUGAAGAGAUUAGAAAAACUUUCAACAUUAAAAAUGACUUUACUGCAUCAGAGGAAGAACAAGUCCGCAAAGAAAAUGAAUGGUGUGAAGAAAAAUAGAUGUUUAUAAAUGUCAUAUCUUUUGACUUUUUUUUUUUAUGAAAUCAGUUUCAAUAGUUAAAAAUUUAAUGUUUGAUACCUUAAUUUUAUGAUUUUCAAUAAUAUCUCGAACAGUAGUCACAUUAUUUUUCAAUCAAUGCACUAAAUAAUGAAUAUAUAACGUAAAUAGAUGACCUUAAUGUAUCUGUGGUUUAUUUAUAUUAAAUUUUUGUGUAAUAUCAACUAAUACUAUUUAUCAUAUAUAAUGGGAAUUACACAGAUAAAUUUA